ACUUCGAAUGUGGCAGUUCGAAAAUUUGGGGCUCAGUUUGGUCAUGUGUUUGUAAGAGCAACCUAUGUGGAGGUCAAUAAGGUUGCGCAGGUUUUGUUCAGUGUCCAUAAAAAGAAUAAGAGAACAACGUAAAAAAGAGGCGAAAGAGCAUCAAGACCCAAAAGGUGUUCUGAAGAUAUGGGAGGCACCUACGGAACAUCCGGCGAAGAGAAUUCAAAGAUUGGAGAGACGUGCAAGUGAUCGUCAACUUGAGAAGUUUGCAAAGUUGACUCCUUUGAAAACUAUUGAAUCUGAAGCAUUCCCGUUCGUAUCAUUGAAAAUUAGGACUUUGGAGUGUUCCCUUCGAUUGCGUACUGACUAUUUGGACUAUUUGAAAAGGUGGAAAGGGACCCAUUUCUUUGCGGAUACUGUAGAACUGUUGAUGGCUGCCUUAACUCAUAGCUCCUUUAUUCACCACGUAAUUCGUGUAGAUCAUGACAAUAUCUCGCAACAGGCUACUUUGAAUGUUUUGGGUGCUUACGUUCUCAAACUUAGUCUAUUGGAGUCAUUGUUUCCUUCCAAAGAGAAACUUAAAACGUUCUUUGGUCUUGAUAUUGAGGAACUUCGUGGAAUCUUCUAUCGGUGCGAUUCGCUUGCGAAUACUUCCACUCUGACAAAGUUAGCACUAGAUUUGGACUUGCCUUUUUUGAUUCGAAGGUUUCCUGCAGAUCCAAGAGCGGUAGCUGGAAAGCCUCCAGUGACUGGGCUUUCUCCUACAGAAUUGAAAGGCUUAAAUAGUGUACUGUGUGAAAGUAUGCAAGCCCUUGUUGGAGCUGUUUUUCUUCUUAGAGGUUUACAAGGUUCCGUAAAUUUUAUUCAGGAAUUCUGUAAUCCACUGAACGCUGCACAGUCUGAACGAAAGGAUAGCUAUUCAGAUUUCCUAUCUACUUUCACCGGCGAAGAUUUUGACCCCAGAGGAAGGUCGCGUGUAUUAUUAUUGGAUCCUGAAAGCACCCUUCAUGACCUAUUCAAUCGUCUUAGUGUUCGAAAGAGAAAAGAGAAUCCCGAUUCAAAGGUUAAAUUUGAGUUGAGGUAUAGAACUCUAGAAAGCAACAAAGGUAGUGGGAGUUCCUUUGCAUAUGUGGUGUCUUUAGAAUGUGGUGAUGAAAUUCUCGCAACUGGUGCUGCAGAUAGCGAAGCUGGUGCGAAAAAGGCGGCGGCUCGUGCGGUGAUUUCGUUGAUUGGAGGAGAAAGUUUAUGUGAAGUUCCUAUGGAUGAAGCUUUUCAUCCAGUUUAUAAUGCGCAAGUUCCAAAGCCUGGAAAUUAUUCUUCCAGAGCUUCAGCAUUUCGUUGUUUGAAGAUGUUUGAACAGGUUGGUUUAAUCGACAAUGUUUCGGUGGAAGUUCGUCAUGUCGGUAUUGGAAGUCGUUUUUUCCGUCUUGGUCACAAUGUUGAAAACUCUGGAACUAUUACUGGUGUUGUUCGAGUUGGUUCAAAAACUUAUGAGAGCAGGAGGCAAUAUGAAACCGAAAGCCAAGCAAAGGAUGCAGCUGCAGAGUUAGCAGUUCGAGAUAUUUGUUCCAAUCUUUCAUUUUCUAGCCAUGCUUCUUCAUCUUCUUUAGGUAACUAUACUUCUCAGUUUAGAUGGUUACAUGAAACAUCUCGUUUCAAUGGGCGUGGCAGAUAUGCAUCACCAAACAGUGUACUGCAUGAAACUCUUCAUUUAGUAUCAAAUACUAACAAGUGUUUGGCAGCAGAUGAAAGAAGUUUUCUCUCAAAUAUGCCUAUAGAAUAUUGUGAUUUAGCCUGCCACAUUGGCCGUAUUGUUCUUCAUCUUUGGAGUUGUGUUGAGUAUACAAGGUUCCAUGGCCUUACAGGAUGGCAAGAAGACGUUGAAAAAUAUAUCAAAGGUCGUUUAAGGUCACAAGAGCUGCAAAAACUAUCCUCUUCUAUUGGAAUUUCCAUAAAUACGUCAGAGCAGAGUUCAAAUAUGGAGACUUUAUCUAUUCUGGAAGCUGUUGUUGGGUGUUUAUAUUUGAGUCGUGGUUGUGAGAACACUAUUGAACUACUACAUCAAGCUAUUAUUCAUAAACAAUAAUUAUUUCAGAAUAUGUGGUAUACCUUAGAAUUUUGAUUAAAUUUUUCUAAGAACAA